AUGGACUUUGGCAAUUACGGCACACCUCGCGGGUCUCCCGCCUCGGAGCUCUACGCCACUGAGAUCCACGAGCUGCACUCACGCUGCCGCUUCCGCUACGAGCCUCUCCGCUCCGCCUUCCCAUCGCUCACCGUCUCUCACUACACCGACACGGACACCUACGACCGCUUCGACGGCGUCGAUCUCACGCCACACAACCAUCGCAAGUACCAGCCCGGCAGCGGCUGGGCGCUCGGGCUCCAGCCUCGCACCAGCGAUCGCGAGCCGCAGGGAGCGCUCUGCGAGGCGGUGGCGGACGGCGGCGCGACGUGGGCCAUCCUUCGCGUCGGGCCGUUCAAUUCAACGGGCGGGUACGACUGGUGGCAGUUUGCGGCGCACGACGCGCUCAACCUCUCGCGCCGCCUCGAGGGCGGCCGCACUCUCGCGCUGCACUCGCACUAUGUCGUCGGCGUGCGAGCAGAGGACGGCGGCGUGCUCGGCUAUCCGCCGCUGCACAUGCACCACCUGCACCUCGUCCCAUCCAAGCCGUGGCUCCGCUACCAGUGGCCAAUGACGGGCGCGAGCUGGCAGCAGUGGCUUGCGAGGGCGCGCGAGGUUCAGGGCUUCUCCUCGUACGUCCCGAACUAUUUCGCGCUCGACAUGGAGGGCGAGGUGAACGACGCACGUGCGGCGGGCUCCCCGCCGCUCGCGUGGUACUUGGAGGUCGGCGUCGGCUUUGAGGAAGCUCCGGACCACCUCUCGCUGGUCCCGUCGCACCAGUCCACGUACGAAAACUACUACUGGGUACCGACGGACGGGAAGCACGUGCACUGGUAUGAGGGCGAGAUGCCGUCGUCUGGCCAGCUGGUUCGCAUGAAGCACCACGCGCACAUGUCUCUGCUGCGGCGGGCGUACUUUGUCGCCGGGACCGCCGAGGAGCUCGGGCUGCACAAGCUGCUGCCGCGAGACAAGUUCGGCGAGCAGCUACCGCUCAAGUGGCCGCAGGCGGGCCACUCGUGGCGCUGGCCGUCCUCGAUACCCAUCGUCGACCUGGACAAGCUAGAGACGCUGCUGCUGAAGCGCAUCGACCGGCUUCCGGGCGGGCGCUCGAGGAUCAUCUGCACGCUCGACGCGGCGCGCGAGGAGGCGGGCGGGUAUCCCGGCUACGUGUGGGACCGCGCAGGCAAGUCCGUGUGCACGCCAUGGACCUUCCGGCGGGGCGACCCCUUCCUCUCGGUCGCGCUGCUCGAGUGGCACGGCGGGCGGCUGGGCCCUUGGGCCAACGAGUCUGCGCCGCUGCCGGAGCUGCUCCCAAUGCACACGCAGUGGAACUUGCUCUUCGCCGCCGCCGACGGCGCGUCGCACUACUUCAUGUACCCGGCCUUCCUCGCCUCCCGCGCGCUGCCGCUCGUCGAGCGGGCCCUUGUCCCGCAGGAGCAGGCCGCCACGCAGGCGAUCUUCCGCGAGAUGCUGCUCGUGCAGAACUGGCGCGUGGUCGUGCCGCUCAACGGACCCCUCGGUGUGCGCGCGCAGCACUUUGCGCAUGCGGUGCGCCGCGCGCCGCCACGGUUGCUGGCGGCGGCGGGGUUGGUGGGCGCAAUGUUGCUCUGGCGGUGCGCGCGGCGCGCGCGAAGGAUAAAGUAUCACGCAAUUUGA